AUGUCCGAACCUGAGGUUCCUACAGCGCCUGAGAAACCCAAACCCGUAGGGAAUAGAGGAUCUGGCUCCCAAAAGGCUGGUAGCGCCGAGGAGGUUGCUCCCUGGGAAAGCGUAGUGAAAUUCCCGGCCAUACCUCGUUGUCCGCUAACAACGUGGUUGGGUGAUGCUUUUUGGGAUCCCUUAAGGCAGAAAUGUAUACACCUGAACCGCGCAAACCAGACACUGCCGCACACUGCUCCUUGUCCCCCGGGCAGUGGUAGACGAGAUGAUGAAUUGACUUGCCGGGGACGAAUCGAAACAGGGUUUCAGAUAAAAUGCAAGCAUGCUUGGGAUGUGGUGCCGGCAAAGCCCUAUUAUGCCAACGAGGACUACCAAUGCAUUCAGGUCUUGGUUUACGACGCCAUGCGUCAAUUCCGUUGUCCGAAAGGGUUUCAGCUGAAGAAGUUGUAUGACAGGACAGGUUACCGGAUUGAAUGGUUCAAGUACACGUGCGUGCAGAAAAUGUCGAUCCCCGCUCACGUAGUAACGUUUGAUCCCCUAAUCAUCUCCAACUGCGUUUACGUCAGUGGCGCACCGAAACUGAAGGACCACGACCUGGACCAGAUUUCCGACGAGGAAGUACUGGACGACUACGACGACGACCUAGCGUCGUCGACUGCAUUUACUCCGCGAAUGAGGUCAGAACAAGGCGCGGAAGGUUUUGAAUCGGACCCCACCACUUCAGCGCCGUGGAGUGCCGAUGGCAGUAGCGUAGACCGCAGCGGUAACGCUUCGGGCUCUGGCGCUUCGGGCUCUAACGCUUCGGAGCCGAGUUUAGGGCGAAAAAGUUUGCAGCCAAAAGGGAUGGAGGAGGAUCGGUUCAUUGACGGUUCGGAACGGCGUGCUGCGGAUCGGAGUCCGUAUUACCGGUACCUGCACAACAACACUUACGCGCCGUUGGACCAGUACAACUUUUACGGCGACCCUUAUGGUCGCAUCGACCGGGACGGCCACGUCCAGACGUACGGAACGGGCCAGCUUGCGGGAGGGCAGCCACCCCGACGAAGCCAGAUCCCUGGGGCUCAGGGCCGAGGGGGUCAGAGUCGUGGGCGUGGCGGCGAGUGCACAGUGACAAAGACGCAGCAGUUGGUAUUGUGUGAUUAUGGUGACAGGUUGAUGUGGAACGAUGAGCGGGAGCAAUGGGACUGUGUAGGGAAGCGUUGGGUGAAGCCGGAUCCGGACCCAUCGGGGUGCAAGAAGGGACACUACUGGAGCAACGAGUUCAUGGGUUGCAUCCAAAUGAGGGCAUACAGUCCCCCACGGAUGUGUCCGGACGGUGUGGAAGGACACGUGUGGGAGCGUGAAGGAGGCGCUCGCCGUUACAGUCGUGGACCCCGCUACCGUGAUGUAGCAGCCUCCUAUCCCCCGGAGGCGAGCGCCACGAACCUAACUGCUCUCAACGAUCCUUCACUAACCACGACCCGGGCACCGGCUACAACCCCCGCGCGGCGUGCCCCCAAUCCCCCUCCCUCGAGUCCGACGGCUUGGCAGAAUCAGGACACACAACCCAGCACUGGCGGCCAGGCACGACACCGUCGAACCCAACGUCGCAGCGAAGGGGCCCCCGGCAUCGGCAUCGAUAGCGAAGCUGCCGACGGCUCCGAUCCGGAAGAGCUCCAGUCCCCUGGAGCGGGUUCUGGUCCUGGUCGUUUUGGCUUUGAUCCUGGUCUUGGUCUCCCUCCUCGUCGGGCGGGUGGUGGUGAAGAUGAUAGCGGAUCGGGAUUGCGGCGGGUGGAGUUGUCACCGAGUGUGUUGCUGGACUCUGGUCGCGGGGGCCGGCGGGGUCGCGAGACCGGCUAUUCGGUAGAGGACUUUGCGGGUACGGGAUUUGAUCCAUUCCGCUUAGAGGAGGUUCGGUUUGCACACGGUGUGGCGGCAAAUAACCGUUGCUACAUCGAUUCAGCAUUAGCGGACACAAGUUACUGUCCGCAUGGGUAUUGGUUGGAGCAAUACCAUCGCGACCCAGCGCCGUUGUGCAUUCAGGAGUUGGUCUCGGAACCGCUCUGGGACUGUCGUGGAAUGGGAGACACGUGGGGGUUGGAGGCGGAGCUGGUCCACGAACACGGUGAGACCGUCUGUCUGUUACGCUGGGAUGCACGCCAAGCUGUAUCGGUGCCUGAAGCACUCACCAAACGGCAAAAAAAGAACGCCCUUGCACUCGCCUCCAAAAGCGGUAUGAACUUGGCCCAGUACGACCAAACCGCUGACACCAUGGACAUGUGGCUUCUCGGUAAAGAUAUACACAACAGCGGCAAGGAAAGCUGGGAUGCUGCCAUUCGUGCUGCCCUACAACUCCUUAAUCCCCACGACACCUUCAGCCCGUAUACCGCGCCCCUCACUCAAGGCGGCUUUGAAGUCGCCGGCCUCUCCGGACCCCAAGGCGCCAUUUAG